AUGGCCGAGCGGUCUAAGGCGCUGCGUUCAGUGACGUCUGCGUGGUACCUUCCAAGUUUGGACGAUGGGCGGACGGACUGGGAGAAAAUAGUAGGGGGUACCAAAGCCGCCAACGCCUCAGCGCCGUACCAGGUUUCCCUGCGCAUGUGGGGGUCCCGGCACUUCUGCGGCGCCUCCAUCAUCUCGCACAGGGUCAUCCUGACAGCUGCGCAUUGCGUGGAUGGAAUGAACUUCAAAAACUACAAAGCAGUAGUGGGCACCAACCAGCUCCUGUUCGGCGGAAAAUCGUAUUCCAUCCGAAAGGUGGUUCAGCACAAGAAAUAUGAUCCUGAGCUCAUCAAAAACGACAUCGCACUCAUAUUCACCAAAAGGGAGAUGGAGUUCAGCUCCACCAUUCAAGCGAUCGAGCUGAACGACGAGCCGGUGGCCCCGGGGGAGGACCUGCUUCUCACUGGAUGGGGCACCACAUCGUACCCAGGCUUAGCCCCCAACGACCUGAUGCAGUUGGAGCUGAAGGCAGUCUCUUACGAGGAGUGCAAAGAGGCACACCAGGAAACCAACCCCGUGUACGAGACGCAGAUCUGUGCCAUCAGUUCUGCUGGCAAAGGUGCUUGUCAUGGUGAUUCCGGAGGCCCACUUGUGAGGGAGGGUCGACAAGUUGGCAUCGUGUCCUGGGGAAUCCCCUGUGCUAAGGGCAAACCUGACGUUUAUACAAAAGUGGAGUCGUAUAUGGACUGGAUAGAGAAAACUCUCCAUGACAACAACGAGGAUCAUUUAAUACACCAAAAACGACAAAACAGCAUUGACUAA